UUUGCUUUUGGAUCCAAUCAAUCAAUGGCUCAGGAGGAGCUUGGUUUACCAGUGGAAGAAGAAGAAGAAGGAAGCUUUGAUGAUCAGAAUUUUAGUACUCAAACAGCUUCUUCCUCUUUUCUCUCAAGAUUUCUUCUUUACAUUGGUGCUCAUGAACUUUUCUCACAAGAGAUGUGGAAAGCGGCGAUGACAGAAUUAGUAGCAACGGCCUUUCUGAUAUUUUGCUUAACAAGUUCCAUAAUCUCGUGCUUGAACUCGCACGAAUCAGAUCCAAAGCUCCUAAUCCCAAUCGCCGUUUUCAUCAUUCUUUUCCUCUUCCUCCUCGUCACUUUCCCUCUCUCCGGCGGCUUCAUGAGCCCCAUCUUCGCCUUCAUCGCCGCCCUCCGCGGCGUCAUUACCUUCACUCGUGCCGUCGUCUACAUUCUCGGCCAAUGUCUCGGCUCCAUUCUUGCCUUUCUCAUGAUCAAAGAUGCAAUGAGCCCCGAUGUUGCUGACAAAUAUUCUCUUGGGGGCUGCACCAUCCGCGGCACUGGUGACACUCCUGGCAUCGGCCUCACAACCGCUCUCGUCCUCGAAUUCGCUUGCACCUUUGUUGUUCUCUAUGUCGGAGUCACGGUGGUGCUCGACGAGAAGAUGAGCGAGCGGCUUGGUCUGCCGAUGGUGUGCGUGAUGAUUGCAGGGAGUUCUGCGGUGGCGGUUUUUGUGUCGACGACGAUAACUGGGCGGGCUGGGUAUGGCGGGGUGGGGCUUAAUCCAGCGAGGUGUUUAGGGCCAGCCGUGUUGAGAGGAGGGCGAUUGUGGGAGGGGCAUUGGGUGUUUUGGCUGGGGCCGUUUGUGGCUUGUGUGGUUUAUUAUGGAUUUUCAUUGAAUUUGCCAAAGGGGCCGUUGGUUGCAGCAAAGGGGGAGAUUGGGAUUUUAAAGAUAGCCGAAGGUUGUUGGCGGCAGCGGCGCCGAAAAUUGGAAGGAAAAUUAGGACACAAUGUUGAGCUUUGAAAUUGAAUGCAAAAUGUUGUGAUGUAUUUUGACUACAAGUUCAACUUAGAACAUAACUAUUUCUCGUGGUUUUUUGGACUUAUUUAGAUAAAUUAUGAAAAUUCUCUUUGAACUCUGUAUUUUGUGUAAAAAAAUUUAAC